AUGGCUUCUAAGCCACCACCCCCUGCUUCAACCGACUCUUCUACAGAGGUCAGUCUACAUGAGCGGGCUAUGGUGCCUCUCUCACCCCCCGAAUCAAGCAUCAAACCCGAAGAAUCCGCCGCUCAAAAAGUCGCUCGGAUUGUGGAACUUUCGGAGCAAAUCCUACGAUAUCUACCCUUUGUCGACCUUCUUGCAGCCAAACUCGUCUGCAAACAAUGGCGCGACAUCAUCAAAGCCUCCCUGCCAAUCCAACGGCAGCUCUUCCUAGUCGCGCUCACAUACCCUCCAACCCUAAGGCUUCCUGGCUACAUACUCCCGAAGUCUGCCAACUAUGAAUCCGGCAACCAUCAGAAGGAGGCUAUCUACGUGGUGGAGCCGAUCGGAGGGCAGCAGUGGCACCCCAUGCUCCAGGAGAUUUUCCAGACGCGAGAUUGGCAGCCGGAUGGUGACCCAGCGAGCAGCUUUAUUCGACUCGACUUCGACCUUCGUUGCUAUAACACAGUGAUCCUCCAGUGGGAAGGUAGCAAGGUCACACUCCCACGAUACCCAGAGCUCAUAUGUUUGGUCAAGAAGAUUGCGGAUGCUGCUGAUGGCGAGUGGCAACGUGCGCUGUGCUGCCAGCCUCCUACGGCGCUUCUAGAAUGCAUAGGACCCCAUGCCGACCACCGCUACCGCAUGGGCCAUCUAGAAACGCUCAUGAGAAUGGUUCCAGAGGAUGGGUCAGAUGGUAUCACCAUGGGUCAGAUACAAACAUUUUUUCGGGAUCUAGUGGCCGAGGUGAACUCCGUUACGACUCAGCUGAGAAACUUCAACCGGAGUGUGGAGGAGUUAAAGCAGACUGUCUGGAAGGGAAAUGAUACAACCAGCCUCCCUUCCCGCCCACGCUUAACGGUGGCUUCACCACAAGACAGCCGCAUGCUGUCUCGACACGACAUCAAUAGACCACGUCGCCCCGCUGGACGGCCUCAACCCCCUCAAAGCUGGUUCGACAAGUUUCGCAGGCUCCGAACCAUGCAAGGCGACCUAUGGAGAGCUCUUGACCCGGUUGAGUACAAGCUCAAGUGGUGCAGACAUUUGUUCGGUGCCGAGAACGUGUCCUGGGACCGUGAUUGGGACGAUCGUCCUUUGAUCCUAGAGGAUGGAGCGCAGAGUCUUGUUCGUUCCACUUGGUUAGCGAUCAUUCGCGGCUUAAAAGCCCUCUGA